AUGAGGUCAUUAUUUGCUGUCUCAAGAAACACGCGAAAGCAACAUUCAACAGAAGAUACCUCAGAGAAAAUCGUCAUACCAGGUGACCGUUUAAUCCCAGUUAGUGAUCACCUUCGUCCUGGAUUUGGUACUUACGAAUUGCAUGGUCAUAUAUAUUCUUCGCUCAGAAUACAGUUUUUUUUCCGAACUUUAGCGUUUUUUUAUUUUUUAAUUUUUUUAAUUUUAUAUUUUUGGGGAGAAAAAGAAAUAACGACAGUUGAAGUGCAUAGAAAUAUCGAAUCGGAUCAGAAAUAUUCGAUGCCCUAUGUUGGUUGCAUUGCUACUGCUCGAGUGGAUAAUCUUGGUCAACGAUUCGCUAAAUGUUCCAUAAUUUGUGUGGAUAAUUCUAUCAUGUUACAUGAAUUCGCAGGCAUUUUAAGAAAGGAAGAUAUUCGUGCACAAGAAAAAGAAAAGACAGAAAUAAUCAUGUGCGUCAGGCCAGGAGAUAUUAUAUUGUGCCGAGUGAUUGGUUUUGGUGAUAAUCAACGGUCAUUUUUGUUAAGUACUGCUGAAGAUCGAUUGGGAGUCGUAAUGGCCAUGGGAGAUUCUGGAGAGCGUAUGUUUCCUUCAUCGUUCACCGAGGUGCAGUCUUCAAUAACCGGGAUAACAGAAUCUCGUAAAGUUGCACGGGUCCCAGUUUUAAAUAACUGA